GAAUCAUGAACAGAAUCUUCAUUGAUCGCACGUGAUUUUUAACAUAUUUUUUUUUGUCGAAGUCUAUUUCACCUGAUUUUUGAUCCUAUAGCAUUUAUCAUAAUCAAUAAUGGAUUCAAACAAUUUAACAUCGACACAAAAAGCCGAAUUGAUCGAUAACGUAAAAGAGCAGAUAGCCGUUGCAACUAUACAGGAGCUUUUAUCCAAAAUAACGAACAAAUGUUUCGAAAAAUGUAUCAGCAAACCGGGAACAACUUUGGAUAGUUCUGAAACAAAAUGUUUAAAUCAUUGUGUGGAUCGAUUUUUCGAUUCUUAUAAUAUCGUAUCGAUGGCAUACGGAAGUCGUGUUCAAAAUGAAUCACAUCAAUUUAGUUGAAGCUAGGGAUUUUAUUCAUUAAAAAUCCUUUUUUCUUCCUAUAUAUUUUGCCGAAAAGAUGAAGAAAAUCAAUUCAGUAGUAUCUA